AUGCCCAGGGCUGAUGUGUCCCCAUGCUUGGUGUCAUCCUGGGGCUGCCUCUCUCUUCCAGCUGGGCAGGAUCCAUCCCUCUCCCGUGGAGCUGCCGCAGGAGCGUGGCAGCAAGUGAUGACCAUCAUGAGACCGGGCCCUGAAGAUGCCUCCCCAGCACCCCGGCUGGACCUGGGCAAGAAGGUGAGCACACCACAGGACCUGAUGAUCGAGGAGCUCUCCCUGAGGAACAACCGUGGCUCCCAGCUCUUCCAGCAGCGCCAGAAGCGGAUGCAGCGCUUUGUCUUUGAGCAUCCAGGCAGCUACAGGGAGCUCCCAGGGCUGGGGGCGGGCAGCUCACACCGCACCGAGAAAGGUGACCUGGAUGGAACAGCAAACGAGUGGAUGGCAGGGGAGGAUGCUGGGGGCCAGCAGAGUUACCACUCGGAGCUCCACGUGGCGGCACUGCCCCAGGGUGCCCCCCCUGAAGUGCCCAAGAAGACAGAGAAAGUCUUGCAGAUGAGCAAAGUCCUCAACCCUGAUGCUCUGGCUCCAGGCUACUCAGGCCCCCUCAAAGAAGUCCCCCCAGAGAAGUUCAACAUCACCGCCAUCCCCAAAGGCUACCGAUCCCCAUGGCAGGAGCUCCUCGGUGACAAGGACAACACUGUGCAUGGCGAGAACCAGCCACCCGUGAGACCCUCUCCAUGGGACUUCAGGAGCUUCAACAGGACUCCCACCCCGUUUGACAGAGCACUGGUCAGCAGCCUGUUCUCUGUGCCUGCCACCGAGCUGGAUAACCUGAGCGUCCUGGAGGUGAUCUCCCACCGACCCAACUUCAACAGAGUGCCGCAAGGUUGGGUGCGGAUCCUACCAGAGAGCGAUGAGCUGUAGUACGCGCACUCCCUUCCCCAUCGCCACAGAUGCUUUUAUCGCUAGACUCGAACACACUUCGCAUGGUAGGGGAGAGGGCAGUAAGUAUUCUUCAUGAAAGCUAAGCUAGUGGUCUCGGGUUGUCGUCUUCUUCAA